CACACACACACCGCCCCACAGUGUUAUCACUCCCGUUCCUGCAUCCAGAAGAGUCUUUCUGUUUUCACUCCUCACGCGUUUCAACAUGGACUUAGUAAAUUUUCUGCUCUCUAUUGCAGUCACCGCCUGCACAGUGAAAGUUUCUCAUCAAGGGCCAAACCAGCGCAGACUGUACAGUGACCUGAUGAAUGGCUACAACCCACUAGUGAGACCAGUCCAGAAUGACUCUCAGAGUCUCAUUGUUUCCUUUGGCCUCACCCUCAUGCAAAUAAUGGAUGUGGAUGAGAAGAACCAGGUUUUAACAACCAACAUUUGGCUACAGCUGUACUGGACUGACUAUUACCUCCAGUGGAAUCCAUUGGAUUAUCCGGGUGUGUCCAAUGUGAGAUUUCCUGACCAUCUUAUUUGGAAACCAGACAUUCUGCUGUAUAACAGUGCGGACGAAAGGUUUGAUGCUACGUUCCGUACCAACAUUUUGGUCAACUCCUCGGGCACCUGUUCCUACCUACCUCCAGUGUUUCUCACCACAACAGGGAUUUUCAAGAGCACCUGCCACAUCGAUGUGCGUUGGUUCCCGUUUGAUGUCCAAAGAUGUGACCUGAAGUUUGGUUCCUGGACAUACGGGGGUUGGUCUCUGGACUUAAAGGUGAUGGAUGCAGAUAUCAGCAAUUACAUUGCCAACGGCGAGUGGGAUCUUGUUGAGGUUCCAGGGCAAAGGAAUGAGCAUUUCUACGGCUGUUGUGAGGAACCGUACCCUGAUGUCACCUUCACCGUGGUGAUGCGCAGACGGACGCUCUACUAUGGCCUCAAUCUUCUCAUCCCAUGCGUCCUGAUCUCUACUCUGGCCCUGCUUGUCUUCCUCCUCCCUGCUGACUCUGGAGAGAAAAUCUCACUGGGUAUUACGGUCCUGCUCUCUCUGACUGUCUUUAUGCUGCUAGUUGCAGAGAUUAUGCCCGCCACGUCAGACUCUGUGCCUUUAAUAGCUGAAUAUUUUGCCACUACAAUGGUCAUUGUUGGUCUCUCAGUAAUUGCUACAGUUCUGGUCCUGCAAUAUCAUCACCACGACCCUGAUGGAGGCAAGAUGCCAAAAUGGACCCGUGUGAUCCUCCUGCAUUGGUGUGCCUGGUUCCUGCGUAUGAGGCGUCCGGGUGAGGAGCGAGUGCGUUCAGCCUGUCACAACAAGACUCGACGGAGCAGCCUGACCAGCAUAGACCUCAACAUGAGCACCUCAGCCUCCCAAUGCACCAACGGCAACAUGCUCUAUGUCGGCUUGCGUGGCCUGGAGAGCAUUCACUGCUCCACUGCUGCCACCUCGUCUGACUCCGGGGUCCUCUGCGGACGCCUGGUUGGACGGGCGGGCGAGGACGAGAUGCUCCUCCCAGCAGGUCAGGUCACCCCAGUUGGAAGCAUAGAAUUAGAGAUGGCCAAGAUCCUGGAUGAGGUGCGCUACAUCGCGAAAAGGUUCCGCGACCAGGACGAGGGUGAGUCCGUGUGCAACGAGUGGAAAUUCGCCGCCUCCGUUAUCGACAGGCUUUGUCUCAUGGCUUUCUCACUCUUCACUAUCCUCUGCACUAUUGGUAUCCUCAUGUCAGCACCCAACUUUGUAGAGGCAAUUUCCAAAGACUUUUUCACUUAGUUGUUGCCAGGAAAUAAAUGAUUCAUCAAAUAUAAAAGCCUACACCAAUCACUGUUCUCACAAAGUAACCAUUUUCAAACACACGGGGUCAUUUGGAUACACUUACCCACACUUAAUCCAAAGUUAAAUCUAGAAUGUAUGUGAUACAUAAACAGCUGAAUAUAUGCAUCACAUUACAUUAUUGAAAAUUAGCUUUUCUCUUCUCUACCACACAGCCUGGCUUCACACCCUGAUGCUCUUGUACUGUAUGAUUCUCUAAACUACAUAGCAUUGCUUCAGCGAUGCAAUUUGCUAACCUGGCAAGAAUGCUGUUAUUAGUUAUGCUGUGUUACCUGUGUAUUACUGUGCAUUAUAAUGUUUCUGUAAUGUGUAAUGUGGUCCAUAUACAUAACGGCUACUGUACCUUCUAUUCAAAUGUAUUUCAUGUAGCACAUUUCUAUAUUAUACAUUACAUUCUAUUAUGAUCAUAAGUAGAACCAAAAGCCUUGAUUUAAAUAUUUUCUUAAUUGGUUUUACGUAUUGUUUAUAUUUGUAUGAUUUGAUCACUAAAGAUUUCUCA